AUGUCUGUCGAUCCAAUUACCUGCCAUAUUUUGGACACAAGCUUGGGAAAGCCAGCAAAGGGCGUUACUUGCUCCAUCUACUACAUCUCCCCGCUAAUCACCGAUAAGUCUAAUGAGGGUGCGUACGACCUCAAUCUGCCAGAGACACCAUUUGCCAUGAGUAAAACAGACAACGACGGUAGGGUCAAGAAUUGGGUUGUCAAUCCUUCUUUGGACAACUCUACUGCAUCUCAUCUCGGAAUAGCAAGCUCGAAGUGGUCUGAUCUCAAGCCUGGUAUCUACAAGAUCAAGUUUUUGACAGGGAAGUACUUCCACGACUUGAACUCCAGCAACAGAACAUUUUUCCCAUUCGUUGAGAUCAUUUUCCAAGUGGAGAAUCCUCCUGAUAACCAUUACCAUGUGCCGUUGCUAUUGAGCAACCACAGCUACUCUACAUACAGAGGCAGUUAA